UCCCCAAGUGGUCUCUUACCAGUGAGGAGAGAGCACCAACUGGAGCGAUAAAGAUAGGAGUGAGACUGAACUCAAUUUCAAAAAAAAAAAAAAAAAUCAAAACAAGAAGCGAGCGAAGAGGAGGGAAGAUCUCCCUCUUUGAUUCUUUCUCAACUUUGCUUCAAAAGCUCUGAUCUUUCUCUUCUUCCUCUGUUUCGAAACACUAAGAGCAGCUUUCAAAGUUGAUUCCUUUACUUGGUCGGAGAAGCCAUGGAUUCCGGCGACCCGACAGCUUUGCUUUUAACGAAAAUCAGAAGCUUGGAGCCAGACUACGCUCCGAAGAUCAUCGGAUACCUUUUCUUACAGGAUUUCUCCGAGAAAGACUUGAUGCAUCUCGCUCUUGGACCUGAAUCAGUCCUUCACUCCAUUAUCUGUAAAGUGAAAACUCAGUUAGGACUUUUAUCGAACAGCUUAUCCGCACCUUCUACUCCCCCGUCUCCUUACCCUAUCUCUCGACCACCCAUUAACGGAGGACUCUCUCACUCUAAUGGGUUCAUGGGUUUCCGGCGAAACUCCCCGCCGUCUCCUUCUUCCACCUCUCCCUGGUCAAUCAACUCCCAAAGCAACGGAGACUCUGCUACUGUUUUACUGGAUGAUCAGCAGCUAAACGAUUGCCUUUCGUUUCUCGACGAUUCGUGUGAGAAAACAGAGGAUGUUUUUGCUGAUCCUAUCGAUAACGGAGAAACCCAUCUGCACAGGAGGAGUUUCUCGGCUGAUAACGUUGACGGUAAUGUCAUUGCCACUGAUUCUCCGAGGAAAGUUGAAGACUUUAUGAGGCAAGAGGAGAUGAUGAGGUUGAAAAUGGCUUAUCAGCGUCAGAGGCUUGCUUCUUCUCAGAUCCUUGGUAGGGUUCCUCAGUUGCCGUACGAUAAAAGAAUGGACUUUCUCUUGCAUCAACAUGCUCACAGAGAUGGCGGACUGCGUUUUGGUGAUGAAAGGUAUUGGAGCAGCAGCCCAGGGAGGCUUGAGAGGAUGGAACUAAUGGCGAUGCAUUAUAAUGAUAUGUCAAACUCUGUGGCUAGACAGGUUUACUUGACGUUCCCAGCUGAGAGCACGUUUAAGGAUGAGGACGUUGCAGCUUACUUCAGCCUUUUCGGAACAGUGCAAGAUGUGAGGAUCCCAUACCAACAGAAGCGUAUGUUUGGCUUUGUUUCAUUUGCCCAUCCUGAGACUGUGAAGGUUGUACUAGCUAGAGGGAAUCCUCAUUUCAUUUGCGACUCACGUGUACUUGUCAAACCUUACAAAGAAAAAGGCAAAGCCUUGGACAAGAAACAUCAUCAUCUGCUACAACAGCAGAUUGAGUUUGGGAAUCACUCCCCAUGUACCAGUCCAUCUGGGAUUGAUCCUAGAGAACAGUCUGAUUUUCAACUUGAUUCGAAGAUGUUCUAUGAGAGGCGGGAGAUGAUGAGAAGGAAAAUGGAGCAAGCUGAUCGGCAGAGGGCUAUUGAGUUUGAAAGAAGACGCUUCAUUAAUUUGCAGCUUCCUGAGUUCAAGAAUCAUCACCGUGGCUUUUCUGUGGGGUCUCCUGGUUAUUUUCCAUCUGCCAGCAACCAAAGCGCCGAUAUUCAAUCUGAACUCAAUAGUGCCGCUGAUGCUUUUGAAGUUGAUGAUACCACCGUGCUGCAUCCUUACUCAGUAACCGAUCCAAGGAGUAUUAACAACGAUAAUGAUUCAAACGGUGCAAAAGAAAGGACCAAUGAGAGUGAACCUGACACUGGAAGCAAUAUAGAGCUUGUUCUUCCUAGUAACCUCUUCCCUUCUGCAACAUCUACCGAUGAUUCUGCUGAAACUAAUGCAGAUGCUGGAGUCUCCGCCUCCUCUAGUUAUGGAAAUGACCAUGAACCACCAGCCACUACCUGUAUUACCUGAUGCAGUAGGCUAUUUCACCUCAUAAAUGCCAAGGGUUUAUUUUUUUCUUAUGGAUAAGAUGAGGCUACCUAUGUGUAUGAAAUAACGACAAAUUAAAAAAGGCAUACACAACGAAGUAGGAUAAUGUAAAUAUAUGGAGUAGAGAAAGAAGGUAGGAGAGAUGAUAAUAUGUUAUGAAUAUCGCAAGUUUCGUCUGGUGAUAGUAUACUACUAACAGUCAGAUGCGUUGGAGAUACUUAAAAAAGAAAGACAAAUCUAUAUGGAAAUGAAGACCAUACAUUUUAGAGACUUUUGUAGUCUUGGACACUGGACGAACGGAACCAACACUAAAAAUUUGCAACUACUUGACAAUGAUAACUAAACUGAAACGGGGGAACAAGAAAGAAGAAGAGAACGGAACACUGACAUCGUAUCCGAACCAUCUUCCAGAUAGACCACGUUUCCGUGCAGCUUGUACAGUAAACAUGAGGUCGAACAUCGGAUCCAAGCCUUUGGCAGAUAUGAUGGCCCAGGAUUCUAAAUGCAGAUGGGGAAACUACUUCGGCUUUAUCAUCUUGCCUUUUCACAUGGGUUUACAAACCGAUCCAUUGGUCUAUCUAAAACUAUCCAAAUCCAUGAUGGCUCGAAAGAAGCAUUCUUAUCACGCUUUACUAGUGUAUUUUAGUAUCAAAAUCGCCAUAAAAGUGUUUGGAACUAAGGCAGCAGCAACAAUAUUGAACCGACCCGUGAAGAAUUUAACUACAUGCGUUUCAAACAUCGUUGGUCCCAUGGAGGAAAUCAGUUUCCGUGGCCAUCCUAUCACUUAUAUCGCUUUAAGCUCUUACGGACACUCACAACCGUUGUUGGUACAUUAUGUAAGUUAUGCGGGGAAGAUGAUAAUCUCGUUAGCGGUUGAUCCUACAAUCAUACCGGAUCCUCACAAGAUAUGUGAUGAUAUGGAAGUGUCACUCAAGUCAAUGAAAGCUGCUCUUUCUGAAAGAGGGUUACUUUAAGGCUUGUGAGUUGUGAGCAUUUAAAUUAAAGCGUGUAUAUCUCAUUUAUAAGAAUGAAUCAAUAUUUUAAUCUAGUUUUAUUAUAUUAUUUAAAUUAAAAAUUAUAAAUGAAAUUGAUUUUUUUUAUAGAAA